UGCGCCCGAACACUUUCAGAAAGGCCCGAUCGCUUGCUCAUUUGACGGGACCACCUCUUGGGGCGUAGCAGGAAACACUGCUCUGCAGUGAUCAGUGUGCACCUGCCCUUAGCAAACUCAGCGGCCUUAGCUUUUGUUUGAGAGGCGGGGCUUUAGUGUCGAAGCGCGACAGGAGGCGGGUAACUUCCCUAAAGGUAUCACACAUAAGCAGGACCCCAGGUUCUACACUAUGCUAGCAAACCAAAUGCAGGGCCGUUGUGUUCUGCGACAGCAGCGCUGUGGGACAACGGUCGGAUUGGUCGCGCCUUUGCGUUCCUCGGCACGGCCAAGCAUGCUCACACCUCGGAACCCACGGGGCCUGCUCAAACGGGCUCCUGCUAGCACCGCUUCCGGAGCAGCUGCGGCCGAUGACGGCAGCAACAGCAAGCCCGAGGCGCCCGUCCCCGCCCCGGCCGCUCAGCCGGUUGUGGUGGCGGAGGUGGCGCAGGCGGCUGCCGCCCCCGCGGCCCCGCAGUACUCGCCGGACUUCAUUCGCCGGCGGCUGUUCGUAUUCUUCGGCAUUGUGAUCGGCUACUCCUCCUACUACCUCACCCGCAACUCGCUCACCUACACUGCCCCCGUCAUGGUGGCCGACCCCUCGCUGCACAUGGACAUCACCCAGAUCGGCGCCAUGACCUCCAUCUUCCCCAUCGCAUACGGCAUGUCCAAGUUCGUGAGCGGUGUGUUGGGUGCGCGCUUCUCCCCCACCGUGCUGCUGGCGGGGGGCCUGAUGGCCACCGCGGCAGUGAACAUCGCGUUCGGGUUUGGCACCUCGCUGGCUUGGUUCUGCUUCUUCUGGGCGCUGAACGGCACGCUGCAGGGUGUUGGCGGCCCCUGCUGCGCCCGCAUCCUGACCACCUGGUUCGCCUCCAACGAGCGCGGCACGUACUGGGGCAUGUGGAACAUCGCGCACAACCUGGGCGGCUUCGCGGCGCCGCUGGUGGCGGGCGGGUUCGCCAAGGCCAUGGGAUGGAAGUGGGGCAUGUGGGCGCCGGGGGUCAUCGGCAUCGCGGUGGGGCUGCUGGUGCUCAUGGCGUGCAGGGACAAGCCCGAGGACGUGGGCCACCCGCCCGUGGAGCCCGUGUCAGAGGCAGCGGCGGGCGGCCAUGGCUCCUCCGCCUCCAAGCCCAAGGCCGACAUCUGGGGCUCUCUUGUGAAGCACGUGCUGAAGAACCCGUACAUUUGGGGCAUGGCGCUCACCUACUUCUUCAUCUACGUGGUGCGGCAGGGAGUUACCUCCUGGUUCGUGUUCUACCUGAUCAAGGAGAAGGGCAUUGAGGACGCGGCGCAGGCUGCCGUGCGUGUGUCGGGUCUUGAGCUGGGUGGGCUGGUGGGCAGCCUGGUGGCGGGGCGGCUGUCGGACGGUCUGAUUGCGGGAGCUAAGGGCAAGGGAGGCAACGUGGGCAAGCGAGUCACGGUUGUCAUGUGGUACACCGUCGGCAUCGCGGCGGCGCUGCUGUCCUUCCAGGCGCUGCCCGCCUCCGUGCCCGCGGCGCUGCAGUGGGCCAACGUCUUCAUGAUCGGCUUCUUCCUGUACGGCCCGCAGAUGCUGAUCGGGCUGUGCGGCGCGGAGCUGGUGGGGCCGGACAGCGUGGGCGCCAGCGAGGGGUUCCUGGGCUGGAUCGCGUACCUGGGGGCGGCCAAUGCGGGCAUCCCGCUGUCCAUCAUCGUCAAGGAGUACGGCUGGAACGCCUACUUCGCCACGCUGGUGGGCGCAUGUGCACUGGCGCUGCUGCUGCUGUCGCCCAUGACGCGGCUGCGCAGCUACGUGCAGCGCGAGGCGGCGCGGAAGGAGCGGCUGGCCAAGGCGGAGUGAGCGGCAGCGGGGGGGCAUGGGCGGAGAGGAGGAGGAGGAGGAGGAGGAAGAGAAGAAAGCUUAUCAAGAUUAUCGAAAUGGGGCGGUUGGGAUGUGGUGGGUCUGUAGUAGCUGUUGGCACGAAUGGAUGGUGGAACGGCGGAGCAGGGGAUCCAUCAGUGGCGCGCGCGCGUGUGUGGGUGUGUGCGCUGUGGUAUCGCUAUGGUGCGCUCGGAGUUGCAUCGGAGCGCCCUCCCACGGAGUCCCCGCGGGAGGCGAAAGGAAGGAGGUGUGAUUCCCGCCGUGUCGUCUUCAACAGACGUGUCGUAUGCCGUCCUGUCACGGGUGCACACAGAGGGGGCGCGAGCUGUUCUUGGCGCGCUUCGUGGCUCGGGGUUGUGUUUCAGGCGGUGGCUGUGAUGAGGAGAGGAUUGCGCGCUGCGGUCAUGGUCAGAGGUUAUAUGCGGAUGGGGGGUGGAGGCCGUGAGUGGGCUGAGGUGGCUUACCACUCAAGCUACGUGGCGACAGGGGUUUGUUUGUGUGGACAUCUUUGUCAGUUCGCUUGUGUCGAUUUUGGUUUGUGGUCGGUGGUGUAGUCGGUUGUUGGUUUGUCCCCUUGAGGGGAGGGUUUCGGAGCUCGUUAUUGCUUGCUGGGUUGAGGCAGCAAAAGACAUGUUGCCCGGCUGGAAGGGGCGUGUGUGUCGUGUGUGGUAGGGGGCAUUGAUCAGAGGUACAUAUAACAAAGCUAGCGAGGAAACAAGGGCCUCUUGGCGUAGAUAGUGUUUUGGUUGUUUGCAAGGAGAAGAAGAAGAAGGAAAGCGCAUUGGUGCAGAAGGUAAGUAUGUGAGCGGAUGUUUGGGGUUUCCAUGUGCACACACAUACACAGCGUGCUUGUAGGUUUAAAGGGAAUGUUGGCAUCACAGCGACAGACCUUGCAGUUGUUUAAAGUGUUCAUUUUCGUCACUCGGAUUACCGGCUGUUUGUCACUUGUGUGUUGUACGGCAGAUGGCGUGAUGCUGGCAACCUAGCCGUGCAUUCUUCGUGGACUUGGUUGGGGCUUCCAGCAUCGGACACGCCAUGCUGACUGUAAAGAAA